AUGGUAACUACCACGCUCUCGAAUGGUUGUGUCCAUGGUGUACUCAGAGAAGGGGCUUACUGGAAAACUGGAGUGGAUGUGGAUCUUAGUGAUGAUGAAGAAUCUCGGCCGACGAAACGAGCACGGAAUACCUUGUAUCAACAGCCUCAGGCUGUAUCCGACGUGUACUGUCGCUGGCGCACUGUACAAAACAUAUAUCUAGCACCUACAGAGCAUCUAAGACGUGUCCUCUCUAUGGGGAACGUUUCUUACACCCAAAAAACUCGUGCUGUCCGCGCGCCAUGGCCACGCCCAGUCAAGUCAUUGCCGUCACGCGCUGUUCCGAAUUACAAUCCUUCUCCUCCUUCUUUCCCUCGAUCCACUCCUUCAACCAAUUGCAGAUCAUCCCGGAACUCUGUUCUCCCAUUAUCUCAAUUCUCAGGAGACUUUCAUCUAUUUUCUACUUCCUCUGGCUGCAUACCGCCAAACAUCUUAUCGAGGCUCAAUGAACCAGACUUGGGAACUGACUCAGGUCCUUCGAAUGCUUAUCGGAUAUUGUACGACCUACUGACCGGAACAACGACAAACUCCCCGGAUGCACGAUGUUUUAUUCCUGAUAAUACCGAACGCCAUUCCCGGAAUGGGUUCAUCCAAACCGAGUUGAUCAAAGAUCCGGUGACUGACGAGCGACUUGGAAUUGGUCUGCAUGAUAUCCGAGAAAUUGGAGAUGGUGGCUUCUUGUUCCCGUUAUCGUCCUCUUCGGAGUCUACUUCACGAUGCCAUGGCUUGGAUGUCGAUGUGAUGGAGUCGUCUUCCUCUAUUGCCUCGGUUCCCGUUACUACUGCUACUAUUACACCGAUCUGCAGAAGCCUUUAUGCCGGUGCACACAUUGUAGGUGAUGGAUCCCUCGGGGAUAUUGUAGACUCGUUCGGAGAGUUCGCGAUCCGUAGAGUAUGGUGCGGGUUCUCUGAAAAGGAUAGUGAAAACCACGUUAACUUCCUCGACCACCAUCCAAUGGAGGAGAAACAGAAGGAGGAUAACCUCCCCAAAGUCAUGGAACUCUUCCGCGGUCAUUUUUCCCUGAGAAUCUACUUCGGGGACGGGUAUGUGGACAGGGGAUGUCCGGAGAUUGGGGAGCAUUACAUUGAAUUCUGGGCGGAAUUCGAUAAGAAAGAACUGUUCUUCCGAAAUCUGUUUGCAAUUCCAGGAGGUCUAGCCUCAGGAGGCUUAGUCCCGAUGAUGCAAGUGUUCUAUCAUGGUGAUGGAUAUCCUGCGUUUUCAAUACACAUCGCUCUGCUGGAAAAAGCUAUUGGGUUUUUGUCUGAAUUCCUAUCUGUUCAAACAACAUCGGACUGGGAAUCUGCUAAGAAUCAGGUUGGGCGACUCAGCAGUGAGGCAACGAUUGCAACUUUUCUAGCUGCGGUUCAGUCUCAAAUAAUUGCAAUCUCGUAUCAGGACAACUCCACAAACAUUCAGAUUGCAACAAAUGCUUUGGGAUUUGCAGGUGUGCUGUUGGAUGUGAUAACAGCUUUUCUAGCUUUACUGGCCUCUGCGAUCCUCCAACGCCACAUAACUACUAUCGACAAACAGCUGACUGCCAUAGAAGAUGCUUCUUUUGAGCAAAUUGAAGAAAUCUUCUACUUACUCCGAUUUGUAGAUGCUCGAGGACAGAGGUCUCACAUUAUGUUCAGUGAUCUCUAUCAAUGGGUAUUUGCAAAAUGCGAAGCUCGUUUGAAUGUGUUGCAGAAUAUGCAAGACAUGCAUAGAGAUAGCAAUGGUAUCAGUUCUCAGAUUCCAGAGGGUGUAAGACGAUUGAAGAGUGUCGAGCUUCAAGCCAGCUUGAUAGUCUAUUCCUAUCGACAUAUCCGGAACGUGACACCAAUUUGUGAUGCAGCAGGAACUGCCAUGUUUUGGGGUGUUCUGUGCUUCUUUGCAUCUGUCCAGUGUCUGGCUAUUGCUACCCAGCCUCCAGUGGUUUGGAUAAUAUCUUCAGUGACGUGCUCACUCAUUGUCAUUCUCCCCCUGGUUACUGUUGUUUUGGGUUUGAUUGGAGUUAGUGAGUUAAUUUAA